AUGAAACAGCUCGGGAUCCAACCGUCGUUAUUUUUUAAAAGGGGGAGAGAGGUCACAUGACUGCGAGUCACUGAUGGAGGGGAGAGGCUGCAACCCCGAGCUCGCCGCAGAGCCGCCCCUCCCGCGGGGGCGUGACGUCACGGAAAAGCCCCGCGCGGCCGCGAUCGUGGCGCGCACCGGUGCGUGGAUGCCCACGUGGCAAGGCCAGGACCCAGCGAUGACUCUGAACCAUGUCACCCUGCGCCGGUGUCCUUUGCUUGCUUUUGUCCCUAAAGGAGAAAAGUUUCUGAGCUCAAAGUUCCUGAAAUUGCCAGUGAAUGCCCAGUAUGUUACUAUUUGCCUGACCGAUAUCACUGUUCUUUCUCUUUUAGAAGAUACAUACGAGCGAACGCUGAUUGUUGAUGGCGAAAGUGCAACAAUUAUCCUCCUGGACAUGUGGGAAAAUAAGGGGGAGAACGAGUGGCUGCAGGACCACUGCAUGCAGGUCGGGGACGCCUACCUGAUCGUCUACUCCAUCACAGACCGAGCCAGUUUUGAGAAGGCAUCCGAGCUGCGGAUCCAGCUUCGCAGGGCCCGGCAGACAGAGGACAUCCCUAUCAUUUUGGUUGGCAACAAGAGUGACCUGGUGCGGUGCCGGGAAGUGUCUAUUUCAGAAGGGAGAGCGUGUGCAGUUGUGUUCGACUGCAAGUUCAUCGAGACCUCCGCGGCGGUCCAGCACAACGUGAAGGAGCUGUUCGAGGGCAUUGUGCGACAGGUCCGCCUCCGGAGGGACAGCAAGGAGAAGAACGAGCGGCGGCUGGCCUACCAGAAGAGGAGGGAGAGCAUCCCCAGGAAAGCCAGGCGCUUCUGGGGCAAGAUCGUGGCCAAAAACAACAAGAACAUGGCCUUCAAGCUUAAGUCCAAGUCCUGCCAUGACCUCUCCGUGCUCUAGGCACCCCGAGUCACCCAGAUGUCCCCCUCAUGGACAUCGUUGAAGGCCACUGGGACCGAUAAUCUAUAUUAGAUUGAAUCCUUAAACAUUGUGAGAUGCGGCUUCCCCUUCUGCAGCUGGGAAUGUAUGUGUUAGCCUGAUGGGCCACAAAAUGCACGGGAGAUGAAAGAUCUUUGUAAAGAGUCGCUCUUUAUUUACAGGAAAAGCCUGACGUUGCGACUUGAACACCCAAGACAUUAGAGG